GCCUGCCACACACUUCGCUCGUCUUCUCCGCCUCCCUCUCCAGGAUGUACCCCUCUCGGGACAAUGCCGCGCAGCACCACGGCCGCCAUGGCCAUGCCAGCUCCAACCCCGAUCCGCGGAAUGAGGCGGCCGCGGCUUCGACCCUCUCCAACAGCGCUCCCGCCCUGACGGAAGCCCCCUCGGAGACGCACCACCUCAUCGUGCCGGAUGCAAGCGUCCUCAACGACAUGAAGGCCCUGAUCAAGGACCUGCUCACCCAGGAGGAUGUACUCCUGAAACUGGGCCAGGCUCAGCGCUCCUUCAAUUCCCACGCGCAAAAGAUGGCCGAAAUCAAGAUGCACCUGAAGCCCUUCCUCACACCGGAGCAGCUUGGCUGGCCGACCAUCCAACUUGUCCAGCUGGUGGAAUCCAACCUGACCAUCGACCCGAACCAGCGGGUGCAGCUCUACCAGCUAGCCUCGGAGCUCCUGAAGCACGAGCAACUCCUCGCUUCGACGCACGAGUCCAUCCGCACCGAUUCGCUGGCCAUGCUUCGGGCCCUGGAGCUGGUCCUGCAAAGUGCCCGGGCAUACCACAACGACCUGCUCAAUCGGCUGGUCUACUUCAAUGACACCUACCACUCGGCCGCCAUGGCCGCCCUGACCAUGGCCACCAUGUACCAACAGCGUCAGCACCAGCCCUCCGACUCCGAGCAGCAGAAGGCCCGCCGGGCGCCGGCCCUCCGCGCGGCCGGGUCCUCUCGCAAUGCGUCGGUCCCCUCGAGCGAUCACAUCAUGGACAGCGGCCCCUCCACCCCGGCCCCCCCGGUGCUCAACCUGGAUGCCACCUCCACGGUGGAUGGCUCGGCCAUGGCCGUCGGGUCGACCACCACCACCUCGGCCUCUCGCACGUUGGAUGCGCUGCAGCCCUUCUUCGAGGUCCUCCUGACCAUCCUCCGCUUUGCCGGCAAGCAGCUGGCCCUGCUGCACUCGCUCUAUGCCAGCCGGCCGGUCGCCUCGCCGGGGGACGAGGUCCCCGGCCUGAUUUUGGCCCUGAGCAAGUGGUGCAGCUCCGAGAUCGGGGCCGUCAUCCAGGGGUCCUUCGUGUUCGAGCUCCAGCCGCCGCAGAUUCUCAAGACCCAGACCAAGUUCAACGCGACGGUCCGUCUGCUGGUCGGCACGCAUGUGCACCGGAGCAGCCGCGGCAAUGUCAACCUUCCGUACUUGUCGGAUGCCCCGGUGCAGAACACCGGCGCCGGCACCGGCGCCCUCCCCGAGGUGUAUGCGUCCAUCGUCAACCAAGUCCAAGCGCAGGCCAUCCAAAAGUACUCCAGUCAGGCCAGCUCCGUUGGCCUGCUGGGCAUCUGCAAUGACACCUCGCGCGCCAUCUUCCAGGGCAUUGUCGCCGAGCAGACCGGCUCUCUGAAGGACUCUCGCAAGAACCUGGAGUUCAGCUCGACCAAGAACCAGUCAACGGCCACCCUUCGGUGCCCCUUUAAGAACCUGUCGCUGACAAAGAUCCGCCGGCGCGACGCCAAGGACGAGGUGGUCACCGAGGAGAAAUUUGCCCUGGUCCUGCACACGCAGUUCGUCAUCGAUGGGGUCCGGCACUUUGUCUUCGCCCUGGCCCGGCCCUGCGUGGUCACGGUCCACGGCAACCAGACCACCAAUGCCGUGGCCACGGUCCUGUGGGACAACUACUUCUCCGAGCGUAAUCGCAUCCCCUUCCAUGUCCCCGACUCCGUGUCCUGGACCAGCGCCGCGCGCGCUCUCAACGCCCACGUCGUGUCCAACACCCAGCGCCUGCUGACGCCGAUGGAUUUGGACCUGCUCAAGCAGAAGGCCAUCUUCUCCCACACGGCAGGCACUCCCUCCUCCUCGGCCCUCGGAUCGCUGGAUGCCGAUGAGGCUUUCCCCCAUGCGGCCGGCAGCGGUGGCGGUGUCAGCGACGAUGACCUGCAACUUACAUGGAGCAUGUUCAAUCGUGAUGCCCUCCCCGGGCGGAACUUCACCUUCUGGGAGUGGUUCCACGCGGCUGAGGAGCUCAUUCGCCGGCACAUGUCCAACCUGUGGGCUGACAACCUCAUCAUGGGCUUCGUGACCAAGCCCGAUGCCGAGGCUCUCCUGUCGCGCUGCUCGCCCGGAACCUUCCUGCUGCGCUUCUCCGACUCCGAGCUCGGCGCCAUCUCGGUGGCCGUCCUUUAUGGCCCGGAUGGCGACACGCCUGCCCACUGCAAGCACUUCCAGCCAUGGCUGGCGCGCGAUUUGCAGAUCCGCAGCCUGGCCGACCGCCUGGGGGACUUCCCCCAGCUGCACUACCUGUACCCGGGCCGGAGCAAGGACAAAGUCCUCUUCAAGUACUAUAGCAGCAAUGGGACCAACGCCAACAGCGAGCCGUCCUAUGUGAAGACCAGCAUCGCGGCCACGGUCCUGUUGGACGGGCCGAAGAACCCGCAGGGCAACAAGCGCACCAUGGCCGUGGCCAAUCCGUGGGCCGUGGACCACGCUUCCGGGUAUGCCGGCCUAGGGCCAGCUGCGUCCGGGCCGACUGUCGCCCCUGGCGGUGGGGCCACCGAGCACACCGGCGGCACAUGUGGCUCCUGUUGCACCUGUGGCAGCGCUGGCGCUCAAACGGCCAAGGGACCGCAAAAGCAUUCGUCUGCGCCGCCGUCGGUCACCUUCUCCGAAAACACCACCCACCCUUCGACUGCCACAGAUCACCACCACCACCACCAUCACCAUCACCACCACCAUCAGCAGCAGCAGCAGCAGCAGCAGCAGCAGCAGCAACAGCAGCAGCAGCAGCAACAGCAGCAACAGCAACAGCAGCAGCGCACUGGCCUGGCUGGUGGCGAGUCAUCCACUGGUCCUCCCGGGCCGGAGGCCUCGGCAGCCGGCAACCAUGGCCCUCCCGAUGCGACUGGCUACUACUUCCACCCCUCGUCGGGGUCCUCGGUGGCCCAGCCGGCCUACACUUCGCCGGAGUAUGUGGCCUCUUCAUCGCCACGGUCGGCCAGUGUGGUGCCGGGCAGUGGCGGCCACUCGCACGUCCAUCCCCAUGCGCUUGCCCAUGCACACCAAGUGGGCCACCUGGUGGGGCAUCAUGCGCAUCCACAUGCCGCCAUGUCGGCCAGUUCGGCGCACCAUAGCCCGCUGGAGGUGCACUCGGACCGGCAACACUCGCCACACGAGGUUUCCACCGCCGCCGCCGCCGCCGCCGCUGGGGGGGCAGGCGGCCACUACACCAGCAAGUCGUCGCCACCGCACGAGGCACCUGGACAUAUGCAUGCCACGACGAUGUCGGCCCAUUCGCACAUGCCCUCGCACCAGCAGCUGCAUAGCCAGCUGCAACAGGCGCAAGCUCAGCGCCCGGGCCCGGGCCCGGCGGCGCAUAUGUACCCCACGGCCGGAGGCUCGGAGGACUCGGCCGCGGCCGUGCGUGGCACCGACCGCAUUACACAGGAUGUCAUCGAUGCCACUGCCUCGCUUGGCCUGGGGCCGCGCCCGGGGAGCGUCAUCCCCCCGCGGACAUCGAGCCCCCGUGGCACUGUCGACGACUCCGGCCUGGCCGGCGGGGCAGCCCCUCGCCACCAAGGGGGGGUCUCCUUCCAUCUGUCGCAGCAUCAGCAGCAGCAACAGCAACAGCCGCAGUCUGGCGCCAAUUCCUUUGUCGCCUCGCCCUCCUUUGCCCACAACCAGCCAUCCGUGACUGGGCUCUAUUCCCAGUCAUCCUCCGCGUCCAGCAACCCGAUGAUUGCCCUUACCUCGCCGGUCAUUUCCUCGUCGGCCAUUCCGUCGGCCCUCGGAUCGCUGUCAGCCUCGCCGAAUCUCCUCGUCGGACAGCCUGCUCGGGUCGACCUCAUCCUCGCCCCCGGCAUCCAUCCUCCUGAGCGCCGGGCCAUUGACCAGCAGCAGCAGCAGCAAUCUGCUGACCCGCACUCACGGAGAUACCGGGUCCAUUCCGGAUCUGGCAUCGCUGUCCAGCGACUCCAGCAGCAGCUCCAGCAACAGCAGCAGCAGCAGCAGCAACAGCAGCAGCAGCAGCAGCAGCAGCACGCGCUCAAUGUGCUAGCCGGGUCAGCGGCGGCCGUGGCCGCUGCCGGCACUGUCAACUCCGUCGCGCCCAUGGCCAAUGCUUCGACCGCGUCGAUGGCCACUGCGGGCAUUGGCUCGGGCACCGGGGCCCCCGGUGGCGGACAGCCCGCCCUCGGGGGUGUCUUCUCUGCUGGGCCAGCUGCGCCGGCGGCCACCGCCACCGGUACGGCUGCCGCCUCUUCACUCUCCGCCGGGGCUGGACCGCCGCUGUCGGUGACGCCGCAUCCACGCCUGUCGCGACCGCUUCUGCCGCUCAAUCGCAGCCAGGGCUCGAUGGACACCUUCCCGGCGCACCAGCUCCCCUCACAGGCAGCAGCUGCCAUGCACCUGGCCUCGUCUUUGGCCAUGCACUCGGCGCCCGGGGCCGGGGCCGACGUCGGCGGUGCCGGCGGCCCGGCGCCAGUCGACUCGCUACUUGGCUCGGUGUCCGGCCCGCUGUCACUAACCGACGAUAAGCUUGGUGUGAAUGUCCCAGUUGACGGGGGAGCCGAUCACUUUGCCCCACAGCCUUGGUUGGGCUACUCCUCGUCGUAUGGCCAGUAG